UGCGGUCCGCCAUUAACCUCUCAGAAGAAGGGUCUCUUCCGGGUCGGAAUAUUAGCACACCACCCAAUGAAGUCGAGCUAACGGGCCGGAGUUCUUUCACCCCUAAAUCUGUAAAGUGGGCCUUUGAAAACUCCGGACACGGAGCCUUUUUACAUUGUUGUUCUAUAACCAUAUGACACAGAGAUGCCGGGGCUCAGCUGUCGGUUCUACCAGCACCGGUUCCCAGAGGUGGAGGACGUGGUGAUGGUCAACGUGCGCUCCAUCGCGGAGAUGGGAGCCUAUGUCAGCCUGCUGGAGUACAACAACAUCGAGGGCAUGAUCCUGCUGAGCGAACUGUCCCGCCGCCGCAUCCGCUCCAUCAACAAGCUCAUCCGCAUCGGACGCAACGAGUGCGUGGUGGUGAUCCGAGUCGACAAAGAAAAGGGUUACAUCGAUCUGUCCAAAAGAAGGGUGUCACCGGAGGAGGCCAUCAAGUGCGAGGACAAGUUCACCAAGUCUAAGACGGUCUACAGCAUCCUGCGGCACGUGGCUGAGGUCCUGGACUACAGCAAAGACGAGCAGCUGGAGAGCCUGUACCAGCGCACGGCCUGGGUCUUCGACGAGAAGUACAAGCGGCCCGGAUACGGCGCCUACGACGUCUUCAAGCAAGCCGUGUCAGACCCUUCCAUCCUGGACGGCCUGGACCUGACAGAGGAGGAGCGCGCCGUCCUCAUCGACAACAUCAACAGGAGGCUGACCCCGCAGGCCGUCAAGAUCCGCGCAGACAUCGAGGUGGCGUGUUACGGCUACGAGGGCAUCGACGCCGUGAAGGAGGCGCUGAGGGCCGGACUGAGCUGCUCCACAGAGGUCAUGCCCAUCAAGAUCAACCUGAUCGCGCCGCCUCGCUACGUCAUGACCACGACCACCCUGGAGCGGACCGAGGGCCUCUCCGUCCUCAACCAGGCCAUGGCCGCCAUCAAGGAGAAGAUCGACGAGAAGAGGGGCUUCUUCAACAUCCAGAUGGAGCCUAAAGUGGUGACGGACACGGACGAGACAGAACUGGCCCGGCAGCUGGAGAGACUAGAGCGGGAGAACGCCGAGGUGGACGGAGACGACGACGCCGAGGAGAUGGAGGCCAAGACGGAAGACUAGGACGCUGCCGAGGAUCAAGGCAGCCGACGGACGCUCAAACAUUUUUUCUUCAGCCCUGGGAGUCUGGCUCCAUUAAAGUGUCAACAAUGGCUGAGUCAGCGUUUAUUAAAAAUCAUUUAUUCUUCACCGAUACAAAACAAACGAGCGUUUUUACAG